UAGGGAGGAGAGAGACCACCCAUAGGUGCGCGUGGAGGAGUUGCAAAGCUGAGCGUGCGCCCGGGAGCGCAUCAUCUUCGCCGCCACCACAUCUCGCGCAGUCAGCGCUAAGUGAAGGGGUAGUGAUGGGCUUCUAAGAGACAAGAGCCGUGGACAUUGAAGUUUGUCAGUGUUUCACCUCGAUCCGCGAUGGACUGACUCUCACAUCGGACUAUGAUGGACACUUUGGCGUCGGAGCUCGAGUCCAGAAGUGCUCCGGUUUGCAUGACGCACUGUGCUGAGCGAGCCCCCAGGACGGCAAUCAGUCAUUUGUGUUCAUGUGGCAGGACAAUCCUCUUGAUCGUCUAAAUAGAGCAAUGGUGGUGUGCGCAGCGAGCCCUCUGAGACUAACGUGCGCACUCAUCACAUUCCGGUUCGUGCAAGAGCGCGUCUUAAAACGCUUCAUUCUUCAUUCAUGAUCAUUCUGUGGCAGCUCCGAACUUGUUGAUGUGCGCGGGGGAUCUUGGAGCACAUGUGCACAAGUGGACUUCAUCGCUUUUCCAGACCGCCACACAGGACGAGCGCAAUGACUGACAGCCAGACAAGCUGAGAAGACCUGUCACACAUUGUCUUAUCAACACGUCAAAGGGCUAUCUCUUUCUCGCCUCCCCCUCUUCCACCAGCCUCCCUCAAUCUUGUCCUCAUCUCAAUGGGCUGCUAACUCUAGAGAGACAGAUAUAGGAUAAAGAAAAGAAGCCGCCUCUAAAUUACCUAGAAGACAUGUCUCCCAAUUCUCAUUGAAUGACUUGCUGUCAGUGGAAGUGGAAGUAGAAGAGGGGACACUUGUUUAUAACUCUUCACAAGGAGAUCCAGCUCAAAGGGAAGGGCUGAGAGAGGACCAGUCAUGCAUCUCUAUUUGGCAUUAAUACUGCAGGCCUUGUGGACUGGUUUUUGCCAAGCCGCCAUGCAGCACUACCCUGCAGCAUGGGGCCACUAUGACGUUUGCAAAUCCCAGAUCUACUCAGAUGAAGGACUAACCUGGGACUACAUGGCCUGCCAGCCAGAGGCAGCAGACAUGACCCAAUACCUGAAGGUUACACUUGAUCCACCGAACAUCACUUGUGGGAAUCCUCCUGAGACAUAUUGCGCACUGGAAAACCCCUACAUGUGUAAUAAUGAAUGUGACGCCAGCACUGAGGAACUCGCCCACCCUCCGCAACUCAUGUUUGACAUCGAGGGCCGCAAUCCGACAACCUUCUGGCAGUCGACGUCCUGGAAAAGGUAUCCGAAGGCCCUCCUGGUCAACAUCACGCUGUCUUGGAACAAGACCAUUGAGCUGACCGAUGACAUCGUCCUAACCUUUGAGUCAGGCCGGCCGGAACAAAUGGUUCUAGAAAAGUCGCUGGACUAUGGACGUACCUGGCAACCAUAUCAAUUCUAUGCCACUGACUGCCUGGAUGCCUUUACCAUGGAGCCCAAGACAGUGCAGGAUCUGACCCAGCAUACUCUGCUGGACAUAAUCUGCACUGAGGACUACUCUCGAGGUUAUGUGUGGAAGUAUGAUAAAACGGUUCGCUUUGAGAUCAAGGAUCGUUUUGCACUGUUCGCUGGGCCUCGACUCCACAACAUGGCUUCGCUUUACGGCCAACUGGACACCACCAAGAAUCUGAGAGACUUUUUCACCAUCACAGACCUGAGAAUCCGACUCCUACGUCCUGCCACUGGAGCUACAAUGGUGGAUGAAAACAACCUGUCUAGAUACUUUUACGCCAUUUCUGACAUAAAGGUCCAGGGCAGGUGCAAGUGCAACCUUCACGCCAACAGCUGCGUGUUUGACAAAGAGAAGCUUAGCUGCGAGUGCGAGCACAACACCACCGGGCCCGAUUGCGGCCGCUGUAAGAGGAACUACCAAGGUAGAGCGUGGAGUGCCGGCUCCUACUUACCGAUCCCGAAAGGCACUGCAAAUAUAUGUAUCCCUAAUAACAUUGGUCCAGUUAUUCGGCCGAAUGUCUCGUCCCUAGGUGUCGCUAACCGAAAAGAAGCUCCACAAGUUGCAUUGUCCACUGUCCCUUCAGUCCACGUUGCAAACCGCAAGCGAGACUGCGAAUGCUUCGGCCACUCCAACCGUUGCAGCUACAUCGAGCUGCUAAACACGGUCAUUUGCGUGAGCUGUAAGCACAACACUAGGGGGCAGCACUGCCAGCUAUGCAAGCUGGGCUUCUAUCGCAAUGCUUCCGCAGAACUGGAUGAUGAAAAUGUGUGCAUAGAGUGUAAUUGUAAUCCCUUUGGCUCAGUCAGUGAUCGCUGUAAUGGCACAGGAUAUUGUAUAUGUAAGGAGGGCACUACGGGGCCUAAGUGUCGCAAGUGUCUGCCCGGAUAUAGUUGGGAAGAUGGCUGCAAAUCUCGGGUGUGCGACAACGAGCUCAUGCGCUGCCAAAACGGGGGCGUGUGCAUCAGCAACGUCCGCUGCAACUGCCCCGCAGCCUACACGGGCCUGCUGUGUGAGAAGCCGCGCUGCGAAUCGGAGCUGGGAGGUUGUCGAGGAGCCAGUUCGGGCCGCGCUCCCUUGAGGCCUCCUUCCUCCUCCUGGCUGCUGCUUCUGUUACUUCUGGGCUCGUCCCUUCUUUAAAGAGACCUGGUGGGAGCGAUUAAAUCCCUGCGCACACACAGCCUUCACCCCACUGACCCAUUCCUCUUUCGAAUAAUCAACAACCAUUCAAGCAGAACAAUCAUGAGCUUUGUGGACUGUACUGUACCAGCUUCUUCUUUGAGCAGCCUCAGCGGACACUGAUGUGAAAAGGAAUGUGCCAGACAAAUGAGUAAAAAUUAAACAAUCUUUUUUUUCAUUCAAUAUCAAAGAAUAUAUAAAAAAAAAUUCAAAUGUAUACUUGUAAAAAUGCAAAAUAAUAUUAAAAUUUAACAUAAAAGAGUGCAAUGGACAAUAAACUCCACCCAAGUCCUCCCGCUCAUCUCUCCUCUAGGCCAUACAGGUGCUUAAGCUCCCCUCGGUUGGAACGGAUAACUGAAGAUGACUUCCUCUGUUAUUGCCACGGCAACAACGGCUGCAACCAAUUGACUCGCACGAGCUGACUGCAGCUGCCAUGAUCCCUUUGGGACGCUCCUGUAAGUUUAAUGUAAGCUGGACUGUUGAGGAAGGCAAAUCAAAGAAAUAUUUCCCUCGGCCUCUUCAACGUUAUGUUCACGGAGAGCGCAAACGGUGAGCAAGUUGUUUGCCGACGCAUCGAGGAAGGAAAGGAAAUGUGUGCGGAUUGCUUCUUUGCGGCACACAAACUUUCUCUCAAUCCCAAGGGCGUAGGUUUGGUCUCAACAUUGGUAGGGACGAUAUAACAGCAUAACCUGCAUGUACACAUUUUGCUGGGGACGGGACGUUAAUAAGACCAAACAGAUUAGGUGAACAGGUGUCAGGGCUAUGCUUCACACAAAUAUAAAUGUAAUUAAUUAAUAGGCUAAAUGAUCUAUAGACCAUCAGUUGACAAGACAGCUCCAAAAGACAUUGUGCAACGCUUUUCCAUAGGGGGGCCGGACCCAGGCAGAAGUUGAGUUGGCUUUCACUGUGAUCAACUCAAACUGUGUUCUAACGCCGGAUUUAAGUGUUGGAUUACACAAUACCGUAACUUAAACUUGAAAUAUAUACGUAAAAUUAACGAUAACUGUCCGUUUUUUGCUUUUAACCAAGAAUCUAGACAGUUUUACGUUCAUAUCCGUAGAAAUUUGGCGAUUUAAGAAUUUAUUUGCAAGAAUUUUCAUCUUGAAAAGUUUUUUUUUGUGACGGCCGCCAUGUUGGAUUUCAACUUUUGCUUGAAAAAUUUACGUAAAAUGAACGAUAACUGUCCGUUUUGUGCUUUUAACCAAUAAUCUAGGCUGUUUUACGUUUGUAGCUGUAGAAAUUCCGCGACAUAAGCUUUUUUUUUUUGCAAAAAAUGUUCAAUUUAGAAAACUUUUUUUCAUGGCGGCCACCAUGUUGCAUUACACAAUAGGCCUACUGUAACUUAUGUUUGAAAUAGUUACGUAAAAUGUAUGAUAACUGUCUGUUUUUUGCUUUUCGCCAAUAAUCUAGGCUGUUUUACGUUAUAUCUGUAGAAAUACCGCGAUUUAAGCAUUUAUUUGCAAGAAUGUUUAACUUAGAAAGUUCUUUUUGUUUUUAUGUGAUGGGUGCCAUAAUGGAUUGUAACUUUUGCUUUAAAUUUUUACGUAAAAUGAAUGGUAACUGCCCGUUUUUAACUUUUAACCAAGAAUCUAGACCGUUUUAUGUUCAUAUCUGUAGAAAUUCGGAGAUUUAAGCACUUAUUUUCAAGAAUUUUCAACUUAAAAAGCUCUUUGUUUCGUGGCGGCCGCCAUGUUGCAUUACACAAUACCGUAACUUAUGCUUUAAAAAGUUACGUAAAAUGUAUGAUAACUGUCCGUUUUUUGCUUUUAACCAAUAAUCUCGGAUGUUUUGCGUUUAUAUCUGUAGAAAUUCCGCGAUUUAAGCAUUUAAUUGCAAGAAUUUUUAACUUAGAAAGCUUUUUUUUUAGUGACGGCCGCCAUAAUGGAUUGUAACUUUUGCUUGAAAUAUUUACGUAAAAUGAAUGGUAACUGCCCAUUUUUUGCUUUUACCCAACAAUCUAGACUGUUUUACGUUCAUAUCUAGAGAAAUUUUGCGAUUUAGGCAUUAAUUCAUCAGAAUUUUUUACUUAAAAAGCUCUUUCUUUUGUGACGGCCUCAAUGUUGGAUUUUGUAUCUCUACACAAUAGCAGAAUUUAACUUAAAUAAGUUGCGACUGUGUAUAGAAAAAUGCUAAAUUUGCUUUUGUUGAUGAUGAAAUGAAUGGAAAAAAAUAACUUUAUGUUACGUUCAUAUCUGUAGAAAUUCGGUGAUUUAAGCACUUAUUUGCAAGAAUUUUCAACUUAAAAAGCUCUUUGUUUUGUGACGGCCGCCAUGUUGGAUUUUGUAUCUCUACAAAAUAGCGGAAUUCAACCUGAAUAAGUUGUGAUUGUAUAGAGACAAAUACAAAUUUUGCUUUUUUUGAGUGAAAUAAAAUUUUUGUUGGGGAAAAUUAAUUUUAAAAAAAAGUUGCUAUUUCGGAUAUGUUAAAUAUUGCUAUUGAUCCUAAAAAUAUAGGUGAUUAUCUCUGCAUUUGGUGAUUUGUGUGCAUCUAGCUCAGAAUUUGGGAAUUUUACAGCCAUUUUAAGUUUUGUUUUACUUGUAUGGAAAAAUAAUUAAUCGGGAUUUUAUUAGGGAACGACUUUGAAUUUUUUUAUGUCGCUGCUCGUGGAGACUCAUAUAUGCCUAAUGGAGGUGCCUGUUUUGGUUUUAGGUCGCUAGUGUCUUUGGUUUUUGAAAAUAUUUCAAGUUUUUUAAAAUAGGCCCCCUACGGAUCGGCCCCGAGCCCCUUGACCCGUCAACUGAUAGUGAAGUCUAUGAGUGAUCAAUGCGUAUUAAAUCUGUAUGGACUUAUACUAACUUUCAUAUGUAUUGGUUCAGGUGAUACACCGUUUGAUUCAAACGUUUGUUUUCAAAAACUACUAGAAAGAAGUACUCACUGCACGGAUACAAGUGCAAAAAAAUAUAAUUUUCGAUUUAAAAGGCGCUACUUUUUUCCCUCAUUUUGAAUCCUGUGGCUAUUAGGUGCAGCUUAUUAGUUGAUUUAUUUGGGUUAAUAGGUAAGACUUUGCUUGACAGCAGCAUCAUAAGACCGUCAAAAUAAUGACAUGACACUAUCAUGAGCAUUACUGAAUGCUUAUGACAUAUUUCAUUAAGUGUUAUCUGGCAAAUUAUGUCUCUAACUCAAUUUAUGUCCAGUUAGGAUCUUUUACAUCCAUUCAAAAGUGAGAUAAUUUCCCGCAUGACACUAAAUGACAUCUGUUAUAAGCAUUCAUUAAUCCUAAUGAGUGUGCCAAGUCAUAAUUAUGAUUGUCUUAUGACAGUCUUAUGGCACCACUGUCAAAUGAAGUGUUACCAAAUACCUUAAUGAAACAAUUCGGACAGUAACUGAAGAAAUACUUAGCACAGAACAUUAAGUUUGUCUUUAGCGCCGCAAUGCAUGCUAGGAGGUAUGGUGGACAACACAGUGUUGAGAGCAGUUGGCAGCAUACAGUGUAUCACAAAAGUGAGUACACCCCUAAGUAUAUCUUUUCAUGGGACAACGCUGACAAAAUGACACUUUGACACAAUGAAAAGUAGUCUGUGUUAAGCUUAUAUAAUAGAGUUAAUUUUCUCCUCAAAAUAACUCAAAAUAUAGCCAUUAAGCCUACAAACAGUUUGCUGAAGACAUGUCAACAAAGCACAUGGAUUACUGGAACCAUGUCCUAUGGUCUGAUGAGACAGGCGGGCUUUCUUGUGUACCGUCUUCAGAAGAGGCUUCCUCCUGGGGUGACAGCCAUGUACACCAAUUUGAUGUAGAGUGCUGCGUAUGGUCCAAGCACUAACAGGCUGACCCCCCACCUUUUCAAUCUCUGCAGCAAUGCUGACAGCACUCCUGUAAUGAGUCACAUGACAUUUUUGGAAGGUAAAUGACAAGCAGUACUCAAUUUGGACAUUUAAGGAUGUACGUAGUUUCUAAGGGGUGUACUCACUUUUGUUGCCAGGGGUUUAGAUAUUAAUGGGUAUAUUUUGAGUUAUUUUGAGGGGGAAAUAAAUGAACUCUAUUGCUGUAUAUAAGCUGCAAACAGACUACUUUUCAUUGUUUCAAAGUGUCAUUUUGUCAGUGUUGUUCCAUGAAAAGAUAUACUUAAAUAUCUGCAGAAAUGCAAGGGGUGUACUCACUUUUGUGAUACACUAUAGGUUGACUGUCUUCCCAAAGGGAGCAGUGAUGGCCAAAUAAAGCCUCUUGAAGCAAUCAAGCUUUGGGGCCAAUUGGUUCAAAGUUUCAUGGUGUUUUAUUUGGUCUUAUGACAGUCUUAUGAUGCCGCUGUCAAAUAAAGUGUUACCGGUUAAUAUCUUUUGGUGUAAAUAUCCCAUAGUACAGUGAGGACAGUUGCACUUUAUAGUCCAGUGCUGCUUAUCUAUGAACAAAUGCCAUUUUCCUGUCGUUUGAUGGGUGGCGGCUUAUAGUCAGGUGCACCUUAUAGUCUGAAAAUUACGGCAAGUAAAUGCACAAGUAUCUAAGAAAAAAUGUACUCAUGUAAACGGAAAAAUAUUUUCUCCCAAUUCAAAAAUGUAAUGUAAGUACAGGUAGUCCCCGGGUUACGAGUUACUCAACCUACGUGAUUUCGACACCUAACAACAUACAGUAUGGCAAGACAAUCUAAAUGACCUAUGUAACGGAAGUCAUUAUAUAAUGCAAAUAAGCUCCCUACCAUCCCUAUGCAAACCUACGCCCUUGCUCAAUUCCGCUUUCAAGUUCAUGCUCCUUUUCCUUCCCUUCGCCAUGCUGUCACUGACCUGCUUUUGUGAAUGUUGCUCUGUAAAACCCUCGUUGGUUGAAGGAUUUUUUUUUCCUUUUGUCUAAUGUCGGUGAUGCACAUAUGUAAGAAUUCUCUCUCUGAUUCUUUCUAUUAGACCCUCCGUGCUCUCUCAUGCAGGUCAGAGGAUAGUUUUCCACUCUACAAGUGGAUAGAAAAUCAUCAGUGUAUUUGCAGGUUCUCUUCUAAACAGAAGAAGCAAAAUAAGUAAUGUAGUCCUUUUGUAUCUUUGCUGAACUGUGACAAGAAAAGGCAACUUUAAUGUAUACGACACCCAAAAUGCAGACGUUUCUCUUUUUCUUUUUUAUUCCAUCCAUCUUUUUUUGAGUUGUACGGGUCAUUUUCUUUCGGGUUGGCAGUGUGCUGGCAUCAGAGAAUAACAGUUUACAUAACGUAUUAAGAAAGUGUAUUUCAAUCCCACCA